AAGUUGGUGUCUUCGUGCUUGAGUUUUCCGUCCAGUGCUAUGCCUCGCCUCUCUCUGUUGUUGGCCAACAGGGGAAGGAGCUUGUAGUCCUUUUGGAGUGUCCCUCCCGCAGACACGGUGUCCCUGAACACAACAAAGUCUUUUGCUUACACGGACUGUUUUUAGGUCAUUGUCUUUGGGAUGAAACUCACCCAGAUUCAUCGAUGGCAACACAUUUGACGUAGCUGUCGUUGGAAUACAACACCACCGUGGACACCUGAUCCACUGGAGACACGCAUCCAUCAAAUUCUACAUCAUGAAGCAGUCCACCGCAGACUUUGCCCAAGAGCUAGGGUACCUAAAGGGGUGGAGCUAAGUGAAAAGGAGAGGAGCUAAAGCUUACCAGAGAGGACUACGUUCUUAACGUUCUUGCUGGAGCUGUUGGUGAUGUCAACGUGCACUCUGAUGGUCUCGCCAUGGUAAUAAAUCUGCAUGCAGAGCAACAGCAGAUGACACAAGGACUCCGCUGUGUUUGCGGUCACGCAGCAUUAGCCCACCUCUUUGUCCAGGCUGGCCCUCACAUUCAGCGGCUUGUCUGACAUGACAAAGUCACGUGUGAUUUCCAUAGACGGCGCCACCCCUUCGUUUUCUGGACUGUACUGCACCUUCCUGAUCAUCAGCUUCACGGAGCUCCUGAAGGGCAAGGCCAAGAUGGAAAUUAGUGGUGCUGUUAUAAGAGACGGUUUUAUAUGUGGACGCCACGCCACCAUCACCGUUUGUGUACUUUGGCAUCCUGGCUCUCGGCGCUGAACGCUUUGACCUCAAACUCCACGGCACAUUGCUGCAGAGACAAGGCAAAAGGAAUUCUAUUCUGGGAUGUGGUCAAAGUGGAGAACGCUGCUCCUCACUGGACCCUACAGAUUGGUAUCACCUUGCCAACGUCAUGCUGUGCUGGCUGGAGCGCCACCGAGCAUGGCAGGUUGUCGGGGAACUGCCACGGAACAGGUGUUAUUUUUAGCAGAUCUUCUUGAAGACCACAUUCUUGGGGCUCAUGUUGCUCUGCUCAGGUGGCGUCUGCAACCAGGUGGACAGAAAGUCAUAGUUGCCGUGACGACUUGUUUACAGUAUCCUUUGUGAGUGUGUGUGUAUGUGAGAUGCUGUCUGUCUAUGUUAAGUGUGGCACGACAGCGGAUAUUCCACUUGGGGACACUUAGUCUUGUCCACAUACAACAAAUGUUAACCUGGCCUGAGACAAUCACAGUGUGCCACCACUCACCUGGACGUACAAACACGAAGAUAAUGAUGUAGCAAGAGCACAAGCACAAAUGUUGGUGAUGCUGAAUCCAAUGGUAUGACGCAGCUGUCCCACCAUGACCACGCCCACACAUUGCUUUCCUGUGAAUGACAUCACUGAGUGGAUUGAAGCUGGUUCCUCCUCUGUCAGCACAACACGUUCAGAUUAGCCUCGAGGAUGCUCAGGAUGCCUCCGGUGCCGGCGAGCUUGGCCUUGGAUGUUUCGCUGGCAGAGCCGAUCUUGAUGCACUUGAGUCCGAGCAGGGAGAUGACCAUGGAGGCCAGGCCCAGCAGCAGGGACACAAUCAUCAGCGCCCGACACGCCUGCACGUGGCCUAAACAGCGAAAACCACAUUACAUGAUGCCUGAGUUGCACCAAAUGUGUACAUCUCAGGUAAGAAGAACAUCUUCAGCAUCCAGGUUGAGUCGACUUACCAGGCAGAGAGAGCAGUGACUCGAAGUCUCGACACUCAGCGAUGCCUGCACUGUUCUCGGCACAGGAGUGCCACAGGUUCUCAAACUGCCUCUGGGAGAUGAUGACGCUGCCCGACACGGUGGAGAUCUUCCAGUAAUCGUUAGCCAGGGACGCUCCUGUGAUCAGCCAGCUGACGAUGCACAUGAUGAAGCCGGUGGCCUCCACAGACGUCGACAUCGUGUCACUCAAACUCAGGUGGGCCCAAAAGAGAGACAAAAGAAACGAGGAUCUCACGGCAAACACCAGUGAAGGCGUUGGGGCAUCUGUGGAAAGAAGAAGACUUUGUCCUCUGACCGGGAUCGGGGGGCCAUAAAGUGCAGAACCCGCCCGCCACCCCAUGCAGUAUCGUUCAUCAUAGCAACAGCCACGCCCCAGUAACCUCAAAAUCCAUAUAUGGGCCCAAAAGAGAGAGCGAGCAAAAAAGCAAGAUGGCUCACCUGUGCCACGGAACCGUCAAGACUUCCAGAAGAAGUGCUGUUUCAUUAACAUCUUAAUGGAGGUCACUGUUCAUCAGAACCUUUUAUGACGAAUGUGAAACAAACCUGACCAAGCGUGUGAAUGUCCAUAUAGGGACAUCCUGGUCCGCCAUUUUGGUCAACCUCAUGUGACAUAGAACAUCAUCAUCACCAUCAAGCACUUUCUCUGUGUGUGUGUUUUAUAGUUUUAUGGUUGGCCACAGUCAAUGAUUUAUCCCGGCAUGAGUUCAAAGUUGAAUAUAGGUUUGAAUGAUUGGAAGCAGGGGCGCUGCUUGCCAUCAAGCAAUGCCGGCGACUUCUUGGGGCCCCAGCCUAGUUGGGGCGUCCCUGAGAGCUGCCAAACUUUUAAUUUCUACAGCAGUGGUGCUAUACAAAGCGUCCCCCUGUCACGUGUGAUUUUAAAUCAUCAGUGUCUCUGACAAGAACAGCAGUCACGCAUAGGACUCCCCCUAUUUGCAAAGAAAACACAGGGAAAUUACAGGACAUUGUUGCCUUCAGUGGCUGAUGUCAUAAUUGGAGGAAGCGAGGCGAAGGCGGAAGCAUUUUGACGCCUCGAGGGAAACAGCGACCGGUCCGACCGGCUCUGUAGAUCAGAAUCCAUCCUCAGCAUCUGGAUGCACCGGCUUUAAUCCGGGACAGCCUCCACUUUACAGUCAAGGAGAGGUUGUACGUUCUCACAGAGUAGUUCUCAUAGUGUAAACACAAUGGCGAUGACUUUACUUGAGCAUGUGACCUCUUUUGUUCUGAGGAUGACGGUUUUGCUCCACGUGGACCUGAUACACUAUGCCUUGAUGCUGCCACCGCCAAGUCAGGUGAGAAUGGAGUCCAUCAACAUGCGACACACUCUCAGCUGGCGACCCCUGCAGGUGUAUUGCAGUACUGCAGUACUCUACUCUGUGCAGUUCCAGGGUGAGUUUGAGCUGACGAUCCUGGAUGGGACAUGGCUGGACGUCUCAGAGUGCCAGAAUAUUCCACAAGCUCACUGUGACUUGACCUUAGACCUGGGUUCCGACUCGGACUACAACAUCCGCGUCCGAGCAGAGUGCCAGUCACGGAUGUCACCGUGGACCCAGCUCAGCCCGCCUUUCAACAGGAAGGACACUGUACUGACGGAGCCCCACAUGGUGGUUUCUGCAGCAGGCCACGCCCUCCUGAUGACCUUUGACGAGACCCCGCCCACAGCAUCCAUCAGUGUGAUGGUGUGGAAGCAGGGCGACGAGGCCCAGAUGUACAUCUACAACAUCUCAGCAGAGGAGACAGUUCUACACGUGGCCGCCCUGCAGGACGGGGAGGUGUACUGCAUCAGAGCUUGGAUGGUUUUGGAGCCGCGGAUCCAAAGUGGCAGCACCGAAAUUCACUGUGUGCCCAUAAAAGGUGCUCCCGUUCCCUGGAAGAGUCCCACCACUGUGGUGGUCACACUGCUUGUGAUGGCGUCUGUCCUCUUUGCUGUCUUCUGGGCCUUAAUCCACUGCCACCUCCGCGCCAACUGCCAGUGCCUCCACAAGGAGGUGCACAAGGAGGCACUGCCACGCUCUCUGAGACCCGACUGGCAUGUGGAAGCUGCCUUGAGCACGUACCCGACAGAGGUGUGUGCACAUGUGCAUCUGGUGCACAGUGGCAAACAGGGCCGCUUCAAACCAGUACCACUCCGAUGAGACCCUUAAUGACGUUUACUUUUAUGAAGAAAUUAGGCUUAUUUUUGGCUUGAUAUGAACCUUGUCUCAUACGUUCUUGAGAUGUUGAUGGGUAUUUCUGGGUAUUGCUCUGACACCAAACACAGACCAACUGGACUGAGAGGUAUUAUUCCUGAGCAGCUUCAGACUCUCUACAUGCAGUAGAGAUAUGUAAAGUUAGUUAAUUUGGGAAUCAUCUCAACAUUCAUGUGUUCAUAAAAGCAAAAGAGUCUUGGGUGGAUUUCAGGCAGAACCAAUGUUUAUUUGUGUGAAGGAAUGUGGGUCCAACCCGAUGUAAAUGGCUCUGCAGCCAAAGUGCACUUUAGUAGCGGGGUAGUAAGUGGAUGGGUCGACUUGGACUUUCAAAGUUAAGCCACUAGAACCUUCUCAUUUUGACCUUUUUGGCCCAAACAACAACAAAAAUACAAGUCACUCAAACAUAAAAAUAAAUUAAACAUUUUUAAAAAAU